AUGUGGUUCGAACAAUUUUACUCUGGUGUAAUUACAACUGCUUUUGUUGCCGGAGCUUGUUACAUGAGUUAUCCAUUCAACAAAUUGGAUGUUGGAAGAGCGUUCCGUAGAAAUUAUUGUACUCCACAAAGGUGAGCGUUUUCUCGGGUUUUCGAAAAAUAGAAAUGAUUUGCUAUGUUUUACAAAAAUGAAAUUAUCGAAGUAGAACACUUCACGUUAUAAAUUUAAAAGAAAGAAAAAUGUUAGAGCUUUUUUUUUGAAUUCAAAGUAAAAAUUUGUAUUUUCGUGCGUGUAAAUGUAAUAAUGAAAACAGUGAUUUUAGAGUUUUCAGUAAAGCCUGCUCUAUUUUUUAAAUAUAUAUAUUAUUUUUGAAAGCUUUACUAUUCCAAAGUUAGAAAAUUUUUAAUUGAUUAAAAAAUUAAAAUGCAAUCACUUUCAUUCCGUGCUUCUGAAUUACCCGAUCUUUAUUAUCAAUCCCAAAAUCUAAAUUUUUCAGAGUUGAGUUGUCAAAAAGAGAUCAUCGCUUGACCGGAAAUCAAUACCGCAUCGUCGGCCUCGAUAGCUUCGGAGAAAAAUAA